AUGUCACUCAAAAUAGCAGCUGCGGCUGAGAGCUCUCCGAAAUCGCGGAUCGGAGCCUCGGCGCUGGAGAAUCUAGUGGUGGUGAGAAAGUAUGAUGAAGAGAGAGACAGGGUGAGUGUGGAGGAGAUGGAGAAGAUGUGUGAAGUUGGACAGAGAGGGAAGCCUUCCCUUGUCACUGAUCUUUUGGGUGACCCUAUUUGUCGCAUACGCCACUUUCCCUCACAUAUUAUGCUGGUUGCGGAGUAUGGUGAAGGAGGCAUUGUAGGGGUUAUAAGAGGGUGUAUAAAAACGGUGACAAGAGGAGUUCCAUCAGUUUAUGUAAGGCUGGCUUAUAUUCUGGGAUUAAGGGUUUCUCCUACACACAGGAGACUCGGCAUUGGAGCAAAAUUGGUGCAAGAAAUGGAAAAAUGGUGCAAGAAAAAUGGGGCAGAGUAUGCGUACAUCGCUACGGACUGCACCAAUCAACCUUCAAUCAAUCUCUUCACCCAAAAAUGUUCAUACAUCAAACUCCGAUCCCCAACUAUAUUGGUCCAACCAGUCCAUGCUCAUUACAAGCCAAUUCCCUCAUCAAUCUCCAUCUUAAGAAUCCACCCACAAAUGGUUGAAUCCAUUUAUCAAAAAAUAUUCACAAACUCUGAGUUUUUCCCUAAAGACAUUGACAAGAUUUUGUAUAGCAAGCUCAAUUUGGGCACUUUCAUGGCCGUACCCAAAAGUCAAAAAUGCCCUUCUCUCAAUGCCCUUCCAUCAAGUUAUGCAAUGUUGAGUGUUUGGAACACUAAGGAAGUGUUCAAGUUCCAAGUGAAGGGGGUGUCGCCGCUAACCUACGCAUGGUGUGUAGGGAGCAGACUGUUGGAUGAGUUGAUGCCAUGGCUAGGUUUACCUUCAAUCCCUGAUGUUUUUAGGCAGUUUGGGGUGUAUUUCUUGUAUGGAUUACACAUGGAAGGUAAAUGUGGUUCGAGGCUCAUGAAAGCUUUAUGCAACUUGGCUCAUAACAUGGCGAGGGAUGAUGAUGGGUGUGGGGCUGUGGUGGCGGAGGUGGGCCAGAGGGACCCUGUUAGAGAAGCUAUCCCACAUUGGAGUAGAUUUUCUUGGGCUGAAGAUAUGUGGUGCAUGAAGAAACUUAAGGAUGCUGAUCACCAAGAUGUGAAUGGAAGAUGUGAACCGUCCGAUUGGACCAAAUCGCGAUCAUCUUCACCAGUUAUUUUCGUCGAUCCGCGUGAGUUUUGACCAUUUUUAUACGGUGGGACUCAAAGUCACCGUCUAUUGGAUGCG